GAGUUUCCAACUGCCAGUGACUUUCAUCUUGGGCUAAGAAAUGCGGUCCCUAGGUUUCUCCGGGACCUUUGUUCUCCUGCUACUCCUACCAACAGCCCUCGCAUUCAAAGCGUCCGAUUUUAAAACUUGCUCCCAAUCAGGUUUUUGCCGUAGAGGGCGCGCCCUCGCUGCACGCGCACAAGAAUCACCAUCUUCAUGGCAUUCUCCCUACUCCAUAGAACCCCCCUCGUCCCUUUUACUGAAUCCACGCCAACCAGGGUUUACUACAGACGUCAAGUCAUCCAUAUAUCCCUCCGUUAAAUUCACCCUCGAUGUUAUUAUCCACGAGGAUGGUGUCGUUCGUACACGUAUGAACGAAGUCGAUGGACUCCGUAAACGUUACGACGAAGCUGCACAAUGGGCGCUUGUUCAAGAGCCUUUGCUCAGUGAAGAUGUACUAUGGACUGUGGGCAAGAAGAACGUUAAAGCUGUUUACGGACCGAAGAAGGAUAUGGAACUCGUCGUUGAUUUCAACCCUCUCAAGAUAACGCUCUUUCGGGGCGGAAAGGAACAGGUCGUGUUGAACGGGCGUGGUUUGCUGCAUAUGGAGCAUUUCAGAUCAAAGGAGGAUUCUACACUGGAAGAGGGCGAGGGUCAAACCGUCCUGCAAGUCAACCCCGCGGUAUGGUUCGAGGGCGACACUCAAGACGCCUGGUGGGAUGAAACUUUCUCUUCAUGGACCGACACUAAACCCAAAGGCCCCGAAUCCCUCUCCCUCGACAUCACCUUCCCCAAUCACGCCCACGUCUACGGCAUCCCCCAACACGCCACAAACCUCUCCCUCCCAAGCACAACGGGCCCUAACGCCCAAUACACAGAUCCCUUCCGUCUCUACAACGCAGACGUCUUUGAAUACCUCUCAGACUCACCCGUAUCCCUCUACGGCUCCAUCCCGCUCAUGCAUGCACACUCUGCUCAAUCAACAGUCGCCAUCUUCAAUGCCCUCGCUUCGGAAACUUGGAUCGAUAUCGCACAUACACCCAAGAAAGGCGUCGAAACGCACUGGAUAUCCGAGUCCGGCAUCCUCGACGUAUUCUUAAUCCCAGGACCCACUCCCGAAGACGUAUUCAAGCAAUACGCACGCCUUACAGGCACUGCACCUCUUCCUGCGCAUUGGGCGCUUGGCUAUCACCAAUGCAGGUGGAACUAUGUAAGCUCUGAUGACGUGCGCGGCGUGCAGACGAGGUUUGACGAGGAAAACUUCCCCGUGGAUGUGUUCUGGCUUGACAUUGAGUAUGCGGAAGAUCAUAGGUAUUUUAUGUGGAAUAAGAAGACCUUCCCUGAUCCUGUGGAGAUGACGCGGGAUGUUGAGGCUGUCGAGCGCAAGAUGGUAGUGAUCAUCGACCCCCAUUUAAAACGCGCAAACGACUACCCCGUGUACAAACGCGCAUCAGAACUUGGCGUUCUCGUGAAACCCAAGAGUGGCGAGGGCGAAUACGAAGGAUGGUGUUGGCCUGGCUCGUCCUCCUGGAUCGACUUUUUCCACCCUGGUUCCUGGGACUUUUGGAUUUCGCUUUUCAAGACGAAGAGUAUCAAUGGACAGUGGAGCUGGACUGAAAGUACGGAUAACGUAGGUAUUUGGAACGAUAUGAACGAGCCGUCUGUGUUUAACGGCCCAGAAAUCACGAUGCCAAAAGAUAACGUCCACUACGGCGGUUGGGAGCAUAGAGACGUUCAUAAUAUCAAUGGAAUGCUUUUCGCGAAUCACACAUUCCAAGCAGCAGAAGCCCGUACUGAUCCCCUUCGUCGCCCCUUCGUCCUCACUCGUGCCUUCUACGCCGGCUCUCAACGUUUUGGCGCAAUGUGGACGGGCGACAACCUCGGUACAUGGGAACAUAUGGCAGUUGGUAUCAAGAUGGUGCUUGCAAACGGAGUUGGGGGGAUGCCUUUUGCCGGAUCUGACGUUGGGGGAUUCUUCGGAAACCCCGAACCCGAGAUGCUCGUACGAUGGUACGUAGUCGGUGCAUUCUCACCCUUCUUCCGCGCGCAUGCGCAUAUCGAUACCAAACGCCGAGAACCGUAUCUCCUCGAGGAGCCUUACAAGUCUCUCGUGCGGGAUAUCUUGCGUCUGAGAUACUCGAUGUUACCUGUGUGGUAUACUGCGUUUAGGGAGACGAGUGAGAGUGGGGUACCUAUCCUCAGGCCGCAAUACAUGGUGUUCCCCGGGGACGAAGCUGGGUUUGGGAUCGAUGAUCAGUAUUAUAUCGGUUCGUCUGGGUUGCUUGUUAAACCCGUGACGCAGAAAGGGGUGAAGGAGGUUUCUGUGUAUAUUGCUGAGGACCAGGUAUACUACGACUAUUUCACCCACAACGCCCACCACGGUUCCCCCAAAGGCCGACACAUAACCCUCCCCGCCAACUUGCACCAAAUCCCACUCCUUAUCCGCGGCGGAUCCAUCAUCUCCACACGCGAGCGCCCGCGCCGUUCUUCCCCGCUAAUGAAAAACGAUCCGUUUACUCUCCGCGUGGCACUUGAUAAUAUCGGGAAUGCGCGCGGGGAAGUAUAUGUUGAUGAUGGUGAGACGUAUGGGUACGUGGGUGGGGAUGUUGUUUGGAGGCAGUUCGUUGCGGAGAGCGUGAAAGAGAAGGGGAAGAAAAAGGGUGGGAAGGCGGUGCGCAUUUCGUCUUCGGAUCUCGCAGCAGGCCCAGGUGCGAGUGAAGGAUCGGAAGUGGCUGCCUACUCCCCCGGCAACGAGUUCGCGCGGAGCGUUGGGGAUGUGAGGAUUGAAAAGGUAGUUAUGAUGGGACUUGGGAAGAAGCCUUCGAGUGUGGUCUUGGAGGGCGGGAGGGAGCUUGAAUGGGAGUAUACCCCUGGUGUUGGAUCAGAUGGGGAGGAGGGUGAGGCGGGUGUAUUGGUCGUUAAAGAUCCUGCGGUGCGCUUGGUGGAGGAUUGGGUUGUUGUUGUUAAGUUGGAGUGAUACCUUAAUUGUUCGUGCUGUACAUAUGUCCAUUGCUUUCGAAUUUAUGACAUGCUUUGAGCUGGCCUUAGUACUUAGACGCGCAGUAAUCAGUU